ACACGGAGGAGGAAAGAAAGGCGUGAGCAGCCGUCGGUGAGCCCGGCCGUCGCCUGUCGGAUCAGCCAGCAGCCAUGGCCGGGGGCUGCCUGCUGCCCCGCUGCUGCUUCCUGGCCUUUCUCCUGCCCGCAGCCCUGAGUGCCAGCAGAGCAGAAGUGUGUGACUGCAACGGGAUGUCCAGGCAGUGCAUCUUCGACUGGCAGCUGCUGAGGGAAACAGGGAACGGGUACCGCUGCCUGGGCUGCGCGGGCAACACGGCAGGCGCCCGGUGCGAGCGCUGCAAGGACGGCUUCUUCCGACAGCACGGGGGGCUCUGCUGCCUGCCCUGCCACUGCCACCCCCACGGCUCCCUCAGCCCACAGUGUGACAGCAACGGCCAGUGCAGCUGCAAACCUGGUGUGAUGGGCAAGAAGUGUGAUCAGUGCCAGCCAGGCUUUGAGUCCCUGUCUGAGGCUGGCUGCUGGAGUGGACAGAGCCCACAGUGCGAGUGUGAUGCAGCAGGCAGCGCUGGGGGCUGCGUCUCGGGCCGCUGUGUCUGCAAGGCCAGUGCUGAUGGCGAGCACUGCCAGAGGUGCAAGCGGAGCUUCUAUAACCUGGACGCCAGAAACCCUGCGGGGUGCUCCCCCUGCUUCUGCUAUGGACACUCAGAUGUAUGUGCCAGCGCGGACAACUACAGCGUCUACAACAUCACCUCCACCUUCCAGCGAGGUGAUGAAGGCUGGAGAGGUGUCCAUGAAAGUGGCUCCUCGGCCAAGCUGCAGUGGUCCCCACGCCACGAGGAUGCCUACAUAGCAGCAAGGACACCAGAGCCCAUAUACUUCAUGGCCCCUGCAAAGUUCCUCGGGAACCAGCAGCUGAGCUAUGGCCAGACUCUCUCCUUCGACUACCGCCUGGACCGGGGCGGCCGCCAGCCAUCUCCACACGAUGUGGUCCUGGAAGGAGAUGGCCUGAGGAUCACUGCCUCCUUCCUGCCCCAGGGGAACGUCCUGCCCUGUGGCGUCAGCCAGACAUACACCUUCAGGUUGGAUGAGCACCUGAGCAGCAAGUGGAGCCCGAGGCUGAAUCACUUUGAAUAUCGCAGGCUGCUGGGAAACCUGACAGCUCUCUGGAUCCGAGCCACCUUUGGGGAGUACAGCACUGGCUACAUCGACAACGUCACCCUGGUGUCAGCACAGCCCGUGGCCGGCGUUCCCGCUCCCUGGGUGGAGCGUUGCGAGUGCCCCGUGGGCUACCGGGGCCAGUUCUGCGAGCGGUGUGCCCCUGGCUACCGCAGGCGUGCCCCUGGCACGGGGCCCUUCAGCGUCUGCGUGCCCUGCAACUGCCAGGGGGGAGGACUCUGUGACCCCGACAGCGGUGAAUGCUACUCAGGAGAUGAAAACGUGGACAAUAGUGCCAGUUGCUCCUUGGGUUUCUACCAAGACCCCCAGCCACCACACAGCUGCAGGGCAUGUCCCUGCAGCAAUGGCCAGGGCUGCUCAGUGGUGCCGGGCAGUGAGGAGGUCAUCUGUGACCACUGCCCCCGUGGAGCUGCUGGGGCCAACUGUGAGUACUGUGCUGACGGCUAUUUUGGAGACCCCGCGGCGUCCCGGCCCUGCCAGCCGUGCCAGUGCAACGGCAACGUGGAGCCCAACGCCGUGGGCAACUGCGACCGCCGGACAGGCGAGUGCCUCAAGUGCAUCUACAACACCGCCGGCUUCUACUGCGACCGCUGCAAGGACGGCUUCUUCGGGAACCCCCUGGCCCCCGACCCUGCCGACAAGUGCAGAGCCUGUGCCUGUGACUUGCCUGGUGCUGAGCCCCUGAAGUGUGAGAGUGACGGGAGCUGCAUUUGCAAGCCUGGCUUCGAGGGUCCUCGCUGUGAAGAAAGUGAAUGCCCAGCUUGCUACAGUCAGGUGAAAGCCCAGGUGGAGCUGUACACACAGCAGCUGCUGGAGCUGGAGCGGCUCUUCUCGGAGUUGCAGGCUGGUGGUGGGGCCGAGAGCCAGGGGCUGGAGGGGAGGAUGCAGCUGGCUGAGGAUAUGCUGCGGACCAUCCUUGGGGAAGCCCUCGGACUGCAAGCCUCUGGCACAUCUUUGGAAAGCCGUGUGGCCAGGAUGAAGGGGCAAGAGUCCAGCUCCCAGAGCCACUUGGAUGAGGUCAAGGCAAUGGUGGAGAGACUGAGGUCUCUGGGAAGCCAGUAUGAGAGGCAGGUGCAGGAGACCCGGCGGCUGCUGGAGAGAGCCAGGCUGGACCUGGACCACAGCAGAGCUGAUCUGCAGCAGGUGACCGUUCCCUCUUCAGACCUUCCCGGGGGCUCUAAUCAAUUAUUGAUGCUGGCCCAGGAGGCUCUGAGACUGGCAGACAGGCACAUGCAAGCUGCCAACACCAUCGAGCAGGCGGCGCAGGCAGCGCAGGAGGAUGCCAGGCAGGCGCUGGAGCUGCUGCGCGCGGCCGCCGGUGGAGAGAUGGAUGCCCCAGGCUCUCUGCCAGGGCUGCUGGGCAAGUACGAGGAACUGAAAUCUCUGUCUGGAGGCCUGAAGGCUGAGGCUGAUGGGAUGGCCUCUGCGGCAGACAAGGCUUACCAGGGCAGCCUGGUACUCCUCAGCUCCCUGUCCCGCCUGACGAUGACUGAUGUCGGGUCCUUUGAGGGGGAAGCGACCCGUCUGAAGCAGGAGGCCAGCGCUCUCCUGAGCCUGGCAGACACCUACCUGGCUCAGUACCGGCAGCUGCAGAGCCGCACGGCGCGCUGGCAGGAGGAGAUGAAGCAGCUGCUGCAAGGGGGAGAGGGCGAGAGAGCGACACUGACACAGCUACUGUCUCGAGCCAACCUUGCCAGGAGCACAGCCCUGAACGCUGUGAGCACUGGCAACGCCACCUUCUACGAGGUGGAACAGAUCCUGAAGAGCCUUCGGGAGUUUAAGCUGCAAGCAGAUGACAAGAAAAGGGAAGCCAAAGAUGCCAUGAGGAGGCUCCCAAUUAUCAGCAGCAUGGUUGCAAGUGCCAGGGAGAGGACGGACCGAGCUGAAGCGAUCCUGGCCAGCGCCACUUCCGAAUCCAAGGCAGCCGGCAGCGUGGCAGAGGAGGCCAAGGAGAUCACCAUGGGCAUCCAGCAGGAGAUCACACAGCUGAAGGUGGAAGCCAACAGGACGGCUGAUGGUGUCCUCGCCCUAGAGAAGGCAAUAGCCACCCUGCAGCGUGAGGCCAAGGCAGUGGAUGGUGAAUUUGAGAGGAAGCUCUUGGAGGUUGAGGGAGAUGCUGCUGUGAUACAGGAGACAGCUGAGGAAGCUCAGAGAGUCCAUGCCAAGGCUGGCCAGGCAGGGGUGGCCGUGCAGGAGACAUUGAGCGCCAUGGAAGAGCUGCUGCGUCUGAUGAACCAACCUGGUGCUGUGGACGAGGAUGGCCUGAAGCAGCUGGAGAUGAAUUUUAGCAAAGUCAAAAGCAGCAUGAGCCAGCUGAAGGAGGAGAUGUUGGCCCUGGAGCAGACGGCCAUGCUGCAGAAGGGCCGGGUGCAGACGCUGGAGAGCAGCAUUGACGAGAUCCUGGCAGAUAUUAAGAACCUGGAGGAUAUCCAGAAGAGUCUUCCUCCUUUCUGUUAUAAUACAAAAGCCAUGGAAUUGCCGUGAGGGAGCUCUGGAAAGGCUGCAGCACCUGCCAGGCUGUGCAGGCAGGUGAGCCUGGUCCGGCUACCCACCCCAAACCUGGUAGGACUGGCUGCAUGUGACACUGUUGAACUGAUCCCUAGCCUCAAGCUCAGCGUGGCUGCUGAAGUUGGAAUUGUCACUCUGGGCCUGGAGAGUCCCUGAUUUUUCCAAGUGGUCCGUCCCUCGGUCCCAGGAGGAAGUAGACGCCUGGUUGUGUGAAGGUGCUACUGACCGCACAACAUCCCAUUCCUACAACAUUUCUGAGGUGCAGAUGGGGGUUGCGUAUCAACUGUGGGAGUUUGCAUGGUUCAGAACCCGAAGUUCAUGGCUAACAAGUUCUCCAUCCUCCGUGGAUCCCUCCUCCUGGUCUGGCACACACAGGACUAGUCUCUGUCCUCACUUUUGACACUGCCAGCACCACCAUCUCCUCAUGUUCUUAACAAGGUCUUCCUCACCUUUGGUAGCUCAGCAGGCAGGAAGUCAGCUGCAUGAAGAGCUGCAUGAAGAGCUGCAUGAAGAGCAUGCAGCUGAAAGAGAUGACUUUUGAUCUGGGAUACUGGUGAUACUUCACAUGGCUCACUCCUUUCAGCCUGCUCAGUCCUCACCUCACUGGGAGUGGUGCAGCUUUUGCUGUGGCUUGAAGAUUCAGCACCAGGUGCUGCUGAUGACCCUUUUCAUUAAGCUGCAGGUCUUCCAUGGUGCUUCUCAGUGAGGUGGCUACUCUUCUGCUAAAGGUAUAAAUAAUAAAGAUGCUGGGGUGAUGUGCUAGGUGGAGGAAAAAGGGGAUCCCAGCUAGCAGGUUAGCAGAGAACUGCUGGAGCUACUCCAGUGGAAAGUCCUUUCUGCUCCCUUCAGCCAGACAAAAAGGGUCCCUUUUCUUUCUCCCACACUUCUUUUUGAGUCCCAAAGGCCCUGAGGGAUGACUGUCUUGUCAAAGCUCCCCCUGAGCAAGCACAGGUCUCCCUACCAUCCCCUUGCACACUCAAGCAUAACGUAUCCUUCCAAAACUGGUCAAUUUGGUACCAGACAGCUUCCUGUGUGUCCCAGAGCCUGGAAAAAGCAAGGUGGGAUCCCCUCUGCACAAGCACUCAGGAGUUGUCACAGCAAUGAGGACUUUCUCCAGGGGUCUGCAGCCACAGGCUUGUGUCUGAGCCUGUCCCCAUCCUGCUAGUGUGCCAGCAUCCUGAUUUGAUCUGUUUAAAAACAUAGACAGUGUCUUGAAUGUGUGUCUGCCUCUGGUUUGAUGCUGCACGUUUUCCCCUCCCUCCCACAUGGUGCUGGAUGUUUCUCAGAGGCACAAGUAAUUGCCCACAGGGUUUCCCACUGUAUAUUUGGAUAGGGCCUGGAAGAGCUGAAGACAUGGUGCUCCCAUCAGCCACACACAGCUUUCCUGUGAGUCCAGUUCCAGUCUGACACAGCUCCCAGCUUCCUUUAGGGGUCAUUUCAGGGGGAAAUAGAGGCACCUGACACUGGAAGUCAGCUCUGCUGAAGCCCCUUGACCUGUGUGGUGGUGAUGAAAAAAGAGGGUCUUGGAUGGAGGAGGCCACUUUGGGGGACAUGCUCAACCCUGGCUAGCUCUGAUCCUCUGAUAAAGCAACACCCGUGCUUUUUCUUGAUAAGGAUAUACCAACUAAUAUGUGUGCUUUACACCUUAAUUUAAGUGUAUUCUUGCCUCUGGCAUGCCUUCCCCCGUUGUACAGCACAGGGACAGGCAUUAUGGACCUGACUUUCUUUUUCCCUGAGUUGAGUUUUUUGAAAGGAAGGAGGGAAUAACUGAUGAAUAGUUCUGGUUGGAUAUUGCCUACUGGUUAAUUUUCUCCAGCUCUCUGUUUUGGGUGAGUUUGGUCAUUGGUUCUCUCAGCAGCGCAGCCACUUGUGCUCUUCAUGUUGACUCGGUCUUGAGGCUGUUUUGAAAUGACACCAGUGACAUCG